UAGCAAUUAUAUUACACGUAUCGAAAUAGGGUUUAAAAUAUUACCUUUUAGUAGGUUCAGAGUUUAGAUGACAAAUAUAUAAAUAAAGCAUCACGUUACAAAACGGAUAUCGAACUAUCUUGCCUAUACCAAAUAAUAAUUUGAGUGCAUAAAUAGAAUAUAUUUGACAAAUUUGUGUUCAGCCUACUAGUAUAAUCUACUAGUACUAAUUAUACGGCCAAGCCCCUUGCAAAUUCCUUUACUGACAAGGGGCGGAGCUACACUUGGGAUAGAAGAUUCAUCUGAACCCCUUUGACGGAAAAUUAUACUAUAUGCACAUGGUUAAAAUUAUUUUUUAUAUCCAUUUUAUCUCAAGUCGGGGUCUAUCGGAAACAACCUUUCUCACCUUUGAGGUAGUGUUAUGGACUGCGUACACUUACCCUCCCCUAACCCCACUUGGUGGAAAUAUACUGGGGAAUCGAGAAGCUAACAAGAUGCUGCCACAACGGAUGAAAAAGGUUAUGACAGACAACCCAAAGACGUUAGCCAAUUUGAUUGACCUAGUAAAUCUCCCUUCAACACUUAGAGAGUUCAUGGGUCAGUCGCAGACCUCCCGGUUGGGUUGUUUUAAGCGUGUUUGGUCUUACAUCAAGGAAAACAAUCUCCAGGAUCCAAACAACAAGAACUUAGUUAAUUGCGAUGAGAAGUUGAAGAGUAUCUUGUUGGGUAAGACCCGGGUUGAGCUGACCGAACUACCAACGCUGAUCAAGCUGCACUUCCCUAAGCAACCAAGAUGAUUCGAGUUUAUUGUAAUGUUAAGUGUUUAAUCCUCGAACUUUAUACUAGACUCCAUAAAUCUUAUGAAGACUCACAUUAUGUAUCUUGGUGAGAAGACUUGGCUUACUAUUCAAAGUUCUAUAAACAGAGACAAAGUAUGUGCAGUUUGCAUAAUAGAAUUUCAAAGUUCUAACUUC